AUGAGAUCAGCGCGCAACAUUUACAAAGAUGACGUGGAUUUCACGACGCUGGCUCUGCAGUCGCCCGACUUUGCGAAAUACGUGAAAUCAAAUGGCCAAUUGGACUUUAGCGACCCCGAUGCCGUUCGACAAUUGACGAAGAGCCUUCUCAAACGAGACUUUGACUUGACGGUUGACAUCCCGGGAAAUAGACUCUGUCCGCCGGUGCCGAACAGACUAAACUACAUCCUAUGGAUCCAAGACCUGUUGGACGCCACUGGAGACGAAUACCGCGGGGACUUUGACCCUGACCGAAAAGUCGUGGGUCUGGAUAUAGGAACGGGAUGCUGUUGCAUCUACCCACUUCUCGGAUGCGCUUCGCGACCGCAGUGGAAUUUCGUGGCGACAGAUAUCGACAAUGACAACAUCCAAUCGUCCCUGAGGGCGGUUAAUGCCAAUAGCCUUGAAUCGCGUAUCCGAAUCAUGAAAACAGAUCCAAAAGAUGGGCUCAUUCCCUUACACACCAAACUGGGGGUGGACCGCCUGGAUUUCACAAUGUGCAACCCCCCAUUCUACGCCUCCCGCAACGAACUGAUAUCCUCCGCCGAAGCCAAAGAACGACCCCCAUUUUCAGCCUGCACCGGCGCCGAAGUCGAAAUGGUCACGGACGGCGGCGAAAUCGCCUUCGUAUCCCGCAUGAUCGAAGAGAGCCUCGAACUCCGCGAAAAAGUCCUAUGGUAUACCUCAAUGCUCGGCAAACUGAGCAGCGUCUCGGUACUGGUCGAAAGCCUCAUCGAACUCAAGAACCACAACUACGCUGUCACCGAGUUCGUGCAAGGGAACAAAACAAAGAGGUGGGCGAUCGCCUGGUCAUGGGCUGAUCUCCGUCCGAGUGUGAACGUCGCGCGCUCCAUUUCCAACUUCCCGAAACAUCUCCUCCCGUUCCCGUCCGAGUACGUAUUCGAUAUCCCUUCGGGAUCGAUCGACGCCGUCAGCGAAAAGCUUGAUGUGGAACUCUCGUCGCUUCCGAUUCAGUGGCUUUGGCGGCAGAAUCUGGCCACGGGAGUCGGAUUCGCGAUGGAAAACGUCUGGUCGCGUCAAGCGCGUAGAAAGAUGCAGGGAUCCGCUGGAGUGGCGCAUAAGGCGGAGAUUGACGAAGCUAAAGCCGCGCUGGGAUUCAAAAUAUCUGUGAAGAAAGAGGGGAUUGAGGAUAAGGGAGUCCGGGUUGUGGUGCAGUGGCUGAAGGGAACGGAUUCGGUUCUGUUCGAGAGCUUUUGCGGGAUGGUGAAGAGGAAGACGGAAGGCAGGUGA